AUGGACAAACCACUGCUCACUCCACCAGUAUUGUUGCACUUGACAUUUACUUCCACUUCAAGCGGACAAAAACUGAACCUGCCUCUGAUCUGCUGGUGCAAAACCAGAAAUCUGUUCAAAGGCACUUGUCAGAAGAAACAUUUACCCAUCUUCGAAAACUUUCCAGCUGUAGCCGGGCCGGGCCAAGAAGGCUUCAUACUAGACUUCCUCGGUGUGUCCAUGCCCGCCCACGUCGACUGCGAGCACACCUCACUUGCCUUUUUUACACCGGGCAGAUCCAUGCCAUGUGAGUAUUUGAAGUCAGGGAAAACUCUUCCCCGGAUAUGGCCCAUGCUCGAUGAAGAAUAUUUGGAGUGGGCGGACAGCCUGACCGCUGGUUUCCGAGCGGCAAAGGCUGCUCGCCCAUUCCGAAUGGCAGAGCUGGGCAGUGGUGCCUUUGGAAUUUGA